AUGAAGACGAGGAGCCGUGUCGAGCAGCAACCUGUGGGAAGAUCCAGCACUUAUGGACACUUCUGCACAGGGGGUAUGGACACUUCUACACAGGGGGUAUGGACCCUUCUACACAGGGGGUAUGGACACUUCUGCACAGGGGGUAUGGACACUUCUACACAGGGGGUAUGGACACUUCUACACAGGGGGUAUGGACACUUCUACACAGGGGGUAUGGACACUUCUACACAGGGGGUAUGGACCCUUCUACACAGGGGGUAUGGACCCUUCUACACAGGGGGUAUGGACCCUUCUACACAGGGGGUAUGGACCCUUCUACACAGGGGGUAUGGACACUUCUACACAGGGGGUAUGGACACUUCUACACAGGGGGUAUGGAUCCUUCUACACACAGGGGGUAGGGACACUUCUACACAGGGGGUAUGGACCCUUCUACACAGGGGGUAUGGACACUUCUACACAGGGGGUAUGGACACUUCUACACAGGGGGUAUGGACACUUCUACACAGGGGGUAUGGACCCUUCUACACAGGGGGUAUGGACACUUCUACACAGGGGGUAUGGACACUUCUGCACAGGGGGUAUGGACACUUCUACACAGGGGGUAUGGACACUUCUACACAGGGGGUAGGGACACUUCUACACAGGGGGUAUGGACACUUCUACACAGGGGGUAUGGACCCUUCUACACAGGGGGUAUGGACACUUCUACACAGGGGGUAUGGACACUUCUACACAGGGGGUAUGGACCCUUCUACACAGGGGGUAUGGACACUUCUACACAGGGGGUAUGGAUCCUUCUACACAGGGGGUAGGGACACUUCUACACAGGGGGUAUGGACCCUUCUACACAGGGGUAUGGACACUUCUACACAGGGGGUAUGGACACUUCUACACAGGGGGUAUGGACACUUCUACACAGGGGGUAUGGACCCUUCUACACAGGGGGUAUGGACACUUCUACACAGGGGUAUGGACACUUCUGCACAGGGGUAUGGACACUUCUACACAGGGGGUAUGGACACUUCUACACAGGGGUAG